AUGAGUUGUUCGUCUUUUGGUGAUGAAGCGCCGAAAUUUACUAGCGUAUGGGAAGUGGAAGCUGCUGGACGAACGAAGAUAAUGGAAGCAAAGGCACGUCGCUUGAAGCGUAUUCAAGAAGCAAAAUAUCUGGCACAAGUCGAAAUAGAUCAGUUCAGAGAGAUCAUUGAGGACAAAAUAAUGGAAGCACGCGAUCAAACUAAACGUGAACUCGAAUAUAUGGAAAAAAGAGUGAAGUUAGUCAAGCCAUUGGUGAGUUACUCUACAAAAUUUAAUUUGGAAGAAAGGAUGGGACGAGCUGUCCCUGGAAAAGUACAGCAUGCGCCACGCGUUCGACGACAGCAGGUAAUCGAACUACUCGAAAAGCUGACUACUGGUGCCAAAUACUGUGUUCAUCGUAACGUCGACACACGUAGGUGGGUUCGUGGAUUUGACAAACGUACAAAAAUGCCACAAGAUCGAAGAAUAUGCGAUAAGGCCACAUGGGAACUUAUUCAACGAUAUGCGUCUAACUGUGAAAAAUUGGCAUCGCAAAUAGUUAUUGGAAAACGUNAACAAUACUAUUAA